AUGUCCGAGUCUGAGAGCUUCGACGUCGUCCAGCACGACGAGGUCCCCCCCGUCGAGCCCAUCGCCGAGGACGAGCCUGCUGCUGAGACUGCUGCUUCCCCGGUUGCUGAGACUGCGACCUCUGUGGCCUCGACCUCGACUCCCACUUCCCCCGAGGCACCGGCCAAGGCGAAUGGCGAAUCGAAACCCCUCGUGAAGCGCCCUGGAGUUGCCUCCACCACGGCUACCCGUCGCCCUGGUGUCACCUCCACUGCUACAGCCAAGACUGCUGCCAGCACCCGUGCCCCUGGCGGCCUGAGCAAGCCUCCCACGCGACCCCCGGCCCCUACUGUUCGCCGGCCCACGACUGCCACCUCGGUGUCGAGCCACAAGAGCCGCCCCAGCGUGAGCGCCAGCGAAGACGAGAAGAAGUCGACCACCUCCUCGCGAAGGGCGAGCUCCAUCUUAUCGAGCCCUGGCAAGGCCGCCGCUGAGAGGAGGACUCUCGCCUCGGCCGGCUCAACUACUGCCACCCGACGACCCGGCACCACUCCCACCACCACGACCCCCCGAACCACAACUGCGCGAGCUUCACUGAGCGGUUCCGCCACCUCGGCCACGAGGACGGCUGCUACCCGCGCCGGUGUUACCCCAUCCACUGCCGACGCCCGAAAGAGAUUGUCUACCGCUGGCACCCCGACCGCUACCGCACGAACUGUCCCCCGAACUGCGGCCGGUUCUGCCGAGGCCACCAAAGAGAUUGAGGCAUUGAAGGCUAAGCUGGCUGCUGGGGAAGCCGAGAUCGAGGCCCUGAAGGCCCAGGUCAAGUCUUCUGAGGAUAAGAUUGCUGGACUCGAUGAGCAGCUGACCAAGGAGUCUUCUGGUGUUCAUGAUGUCGAGGAGAAGCUUCGCCACGAUAACGACGAGGCUGUUUCCACCCUCAAGUCCGAGCACGAGUCGGCCGUCGCCGCCCUCGAGGCCCAGGUUUCCGAGGCGGCUGAGAAACUUGAAAACGCCGAGACUGAGCUCCAGAAGCACCAAUCCGACCUCGCCGAGGCUGUCAGCGCCAAGGAGGCGACCGCGGCUGAACUUGAGGCACUGAAGACCCAGCUCGAGACGGCCCAGGCCGAGAGCGAGGAGAAGGCCAGCUCCAGCCAGGAUGCCCUCCAGAAGGCCAUCGAGGAGCACGCGUCCAAGAUUGAAGAGCUCAAGUCUACUCUCGAGGCUGAGAAUGCUUCUGCGAUUGAUGCCCUCGAGGCCAAGCACAAGGAGGAGCUCGACAAGGGCCAAGCUGAUAACGCGUCUCACGAAACCGCCAUAGCCGACCUGAAGUCCGCCCACGAGUCCACCAUUGCCGACCUUCAGAAGAAGAUCGAUGAGCUUUCUGCCUCUCAAUCAGCCCUAGAAUCCGCCAGCGACGAGAAGCUCAAGUCUGAGCAGGAGGCCCAUACCACCAAGAUCUCUACCCUCGAGGCUGAAAUCGCGGAGUCCAAGACAGCGCUCGAGGCUGCCGAGAAGGCCACUGAGACCGCUGAGGCUGAGGUCGAGACUUUGACCGGUGAGGUUAGCAAGCUUCAGGCCAGCCUGUCCGAGAAGGAGACAGAGCUGGAUGAGGCCAAGCAGGAGCUCGCCAAGGCUAAAGAAGAGGUCGCUAGCCUACAGGCCAAGGCCGAGGAGGCGGAGGCUGCUCUCGCCGGCAAGGAUGACGAGAUCUCCAAGCUCAAGGACAUGCACGACGAGCGCAUGAAGAUUGUCUCCCGAGAUUACGAGACCGAGAUUGAGUCUCUCCGAGGUGACGCCUUCUUCAAGCGCAAGUUCGAGGAGCUGGAGAGCCAGCACAACGAGCUCCAGGCCUCAUCGUCCGAGGCUACCAAGACCCACGCCAAGGCCCUUGAGGCUGCCAAGGAGGAGCACGCUGCUGCUGUUGCCGCUCUCGAGGCCAAGGAGGCCGAGCACCAGAAGAACCUUGAUGCCCUCCUUGCUAGCCAUGCUGAGGAAUUGGAGUCUUCCAAGACCACUGCUUCUGCAGACAGAGAGGCUCAGAUCAAUCAGCUCGAGGCUCUGAAGGAAAGCCAUGCCAAGCAAAUCGAGGUGCUGAAGGGCGAUAAUGACGAUGCCCAUCAGAACCAGGUCACGACGCUCAUGGCUUCCCAUGCCGCUGCCGUGCAGGCCCUCAAGGAUGAGCACGCCAUCGAGACUGAGGGGCUAGUCAGUGGUCAUCUGUCUAACCUGACUGCGGUCCAGGAAUCUAGUGAGGCUGAUCACGCAGCUGAGAUUGCUACGCUCAAGGCUGAGAGCCACGCUGAUCGACAGGCCGAUGCCACCACUCAUGCCGCCGAGAUGAACGCUCUCAGGGAGUCGCUUGAGGAUGCCAAGGAUGCCAGCGACAAGGCCCACACGGAUGCGUUGGUCAAGACAAAAGCGGAGCACGAGGCUGCUCUAGCUGCCUUGAAGGCCGAGCUUGAGUCAGCCAAGGCUGAUGUGGAGAAGGCUGAGGCUGCAACCCAGGACGCCGUCGACAGGGCUACCUACGAACUCGAGGACAGGCAUAACGCCGAGGUUGAUAAGCUCAUUUCGAUGAACGGAGAGGCCUUGGACAGGAUAAAGAACGAGGGCUCGGCCGCCAAGAAGGAGCUCCAGGAGCUGAGCGAUACCCACACCAAGGCUAUCGAGGACCUGAUGGCUGAAUUCAGGAACAGCAACGCGUCCCUGGAGAACAAGAUUGCCCAGCAAACCGCUGCCCACGCCGAGCUUGAGGCAUCUCUGAAGGAGGCCCAAGAGGCCCUCGUCGCAUCGCAGCAGGAGGUUGAGGAGCUGGCUCACCAGCUUGCCCAGGAGAAGAUGGAGCGCAUGACCGCUCUCGCCGAGCUGGACGCCGCCAAAAACGUCAAGCCCGACACCUCUGCGGCCGACGCUCUCAAGGAGCAGCUUGUGGCCGCCAAGAAGGCUCAGGAGGAUGCUGCUGCUGCCGCUGAGACUGAGCUGAAGUCGGUCCAGAGUGACCUCGAGUCUGCCCAGGACGAGGUGACUACCUCACAGGCCAAGAUCUCCAGCCUAAAGGAGGAUAUUGAGCUGGCACAGAAGGACCUCGAGGCUUACAAGGCUGAGGCCGAUGCGAAGCACAAGACCGCCCUAGCUGACUACAACGAUCUCAACGAGAGUAUGACGACUCUGGUUGAGGAGGCCCAGAUCAAGGCCAAGGACCUUGAGGCCAAGCUUUCGGAGACCACCACCAAGCUCCAGGAUGGAGAGAAGAAGGUGGAGGAACUCGAGGCUCAGCUCAAGGUCAAGGCCGCCGAGGUUGUCGAGGCCAAGGCCAACGCCGAGGCAGCCAAGCCCAAGGGCCUUGCGUCUAGCCAAUUCGCCAACGGAGAGGAUGGUGAGGGCGCGGCUGCCAAGGACGACGCGGCGGAAGGUGAGGAAAUUGACGAUCAUUCCUCGGCAGCACUUGCUUUGAUAAGUAAGGCGCGGUUGACGGUGAAGCAAAUCGAUUCCCUCGAUAGGGAAAUGAGGGAUCGCAACUUGCAAGCACUAAACUCGAUCACUGGUGUCAAACAAUUGUCCUAA